AUGUUGUCUGUUAGACAUCAGAGCAGACGACUGCAAGGUUCUGCCAGGUUGAUAACCGGCACUCGAAGUCAGUUGCUCCAUAAUCCGCUGCUCACGCGCUCGAUCACAAGCCCAAGACAAGGUGCUCGACACGCGCUCGCGACCCCGAAGAUAAUCAACGCGCACCCACGAUUCCGGUUCGAUUCAGUCCACCAACGGCAAUUCGUCCGAUAUCUGUCUGAUGGUCUGGUCCCGCGACAAAGGUCUAGGGUCUGGAUAAUCGCAUACAGAGCUGCUGCGUGGCUCGGCAGUUCGAUUGCGUUUCUCGGUUUAGGUGUGGUUGCCUUCUUCCUCUACGAUGCAUCGACGUACAAGGAGUCUGGCGACCAUGAGCCCAUAGAUGUUGCACGGACGGCAUUGAAUCCUCGUCGGGGCGGACCAAAAAAUCUGCCCAUCCUCGAGGCAUACCUCGAUGAUAACGACAGUCCAACUGCCAAGGAACGGAAGGAGAAACCAAGACUUGUCAUAUUAGGUGGCGGUUGGGGCGGCGUUGCGAUUCUGAAAGAACUGAACCCCGAGGACUGGAACGUCACCGUGAUAUCUCCGGCAAAUUACUUCCUUUUCACUCCUAUGCUACCUUCAGCGACGGUUGGCACCCUAGAGCUCAAAUCACUUGUUGAGCCGAUCCGGAGGAUACUUCAUAGGGUGGGCGGCCACUUCCUGCGCGCCAAUGCCGAUGACGUGGAUUUCAGUCACAAGCUGGUCGAGGUAUCUCAGAAAGAUGCAUCUGGAAAUCUGCAAAGAUUUUACGUGCCUUACGACAAACUUGUGGUUGCAGUGGGGUCCAGCACCAAUCCUCACGGAGUCAAGGGUCUUGAAAACUGCUUCUUCCUCAAGGACAUUCGAGAUGCUCGGAAGAUCAGGAAUCAGAUUGUCCACAACUUAGAACUGGCAUGCCUCCCUAGUACCUCGGACGAGGAGAGGAGGCGCCUUCUCUCAUUCGUUGUCAGCGGCGGUGGACCGACGGGUGUCGAGUUUGCGGCUGAACUGUUCGAUCUCCUCAACGAGGAUGUUACUCUGCACUUCCCAAAGCUGCUGCGUAACGAGAUCUCGGUGCAUGUUAUACAGUCGAGAGGUCACAUCCUCAAUACGUACGAUGAAACGGUUUCCAAAUAUGCAGAGGAAAGGUUUGCAAGGGAUCAAGUCGACGUUCUCACGAACUCUCGAGUUUCCGAAGUGAAAAAGGAUCGAAUCAUUUUCACUCAGAAAGGGCCUGACGGCAAGUUGACCACCAAGGAACUUCCCAUGGGCUUCUGUCUUUGGUCUACUGGUGUGUCGCAGACGGAAUUCUCAAAGAAACUAGCGGAGCGACUUGGCGAAGCCCAAGGUAACAGACACGCUCUGGAAACAGACAGUCACCUGAGGCUUCUGGGCACUCCCCUCGGCGAUGUGUAUGCCAUUGGGGACUGUAGCACAGUCCAGAACAACGUAGCAGAUCACAUCAUCAGCUUCCUACAAGCGUAUGCAUGGAAGCACGGCAAGGAUCCUCAAACCCUCCAGCUCCAUUUCAGCGACUGGCGGAACGUGGCGGCCGACGUCAAGAAACGCUUCCCACAGGCUGCAAGCCAUCUGAAGCGACUUGAUAAGCUUUUCGCCGAGUUUGACAAGGACCAGAGUGGAACCCUCGACUUUGGCGAGCUUCGAGAGCUUCUGAGACAAAUCGACUCGAAACUAACCUCGCUUCCGGCCACGGCCCAGCGUGCACACCAACAGGGACAGUACCUAGCUCACAAGCUCAACAAAUUGGCACGAGCAGCCCCGGGACUGCGGGCGAAUGAUAUAAUUGAUGGCGAUGUCGAUGCAGCAAUUUACAAGGCUUUCGAAUACAAGCAUCUGGGAAGCUUGGCUUACAUUGGCAACUCUGCCGUUUUCGACUGGGGUGAGGGCUGGUCUUUGACUGGUGGAUUGUGGGCGGUUUACGCCUGGCGCAGUGUCUACUUUGCCCAGAGCGUCAGCCUUAGAACCAGGGUGCUCCUGGCCAUGGACUGGCUUAAGCGUGGUCUUUUUGGUAGAGAUUUAAUGGCGUACUAA